AUGGAGGAUGUGCAGGAACAAAGCUAUCCAGUGCAAGCAGAAAGCCAUGAUAAAACUGCAGCAUUUGCUGAAACGAUGCGAACGCUAGAUGGAAAUGUUGAAAAUUCAAUGGUAUCCGUGGACCGUCGAAGUAGCACUACAAUUUGUUCUUAUAAUGAGUCCCUUAACGAGGCGAAUAUAACAAGAAGAGAUGUUUCCAUCAUGCAAAUAGGAAGCAGAUUUCGGCCAUCCACUUCAUCACGUGACGAUACGAUCUUGUCGCUUCGAUCAUUACGUGAUGAAACUAUUUGUCUGAGUGAAAGGAUAAUGUUUGAUUCGCAAUCACUGCAGGUGAAAUAUUUGGAUCCUGCUGAUGAUCAACCGCAGAGCAAUUUGAUUCGUGAGGAAAUUUUGAGCGAUUUGCAACGGAAAUUGAUUGAAGUCAGAGAGAAUUCCGCUGCUGAGAUCAACGAGAUGCUGCCUAAACUACAUGCAGUUGACCCUACCAAGGCUGCUGCUGUGAAAAACAUGGAUAUGAGAGCU